CCCGCCGCCUUCCGCUUCCGUACAAAAUGGCGCCCCACGGUGCUCGGGCUCGCGGGACGGGGGCGCCAGCGCAUCCGCCACCAAGGGUGAGUGGAAGUGAAUCGCGAGCAUACGCCGCUGAGACAAGCUAGGGGGACGAUGACAACCUUGCGUUCCUAGUGAGCAGAGAGACGCUAGGAAUGAAAUGAGAUCGGAGAGUGGCCUCGGAGGAAGCACCGCCGUCCCGCCGUGCGGGGCCGCGCUGCCGGCUGCCGCAGGGCACUUCCGGCCCCGCCCGCGCAGGUGCGCUCGGCACCGGAAGUGAGCUGCGGGCCGUCGCCGCGGCGCUCCGGGCCGCUGGAGCUGCGGGCGCGGUGGAUUCCGCCUUUGGGACGCAGGGUGGAGUCCCAGAAGCGACUUUUCUCACUCCCGUGAAGCCAGCUGGACCCCGAGAACAGCAGUAAGCGGGCAGCUUCGACGGGUAGAUCCCUGUCCUUGGAGGCUGUGGCCGCGGCGCUGCCUCUCCCAAGCCAGGACCUGUCGCCCCGAGCACCGCUCCAGUGAGGCCACCACUUACCCUGUGAAUACCAGUCAGGAACUUAGCUUCAGCUCGUGUAUCUUGGGGUGACACAGAAUUCUGGAGGCAAGAGCAUGAUUCAGUUCUCAAGAGUCUUUGAAAUGAGGAGUGCAUUAACCCUUACAACGCAUCUUAAUUUGGACCGGCCAGGACCAGCCAGGUUUCAAGUGUUCAGUUGCCACUUGCGGGUCUCGGCCGCUGCAGUAGACAGCACAGUUCUGAACGUUCCCCAUGGCACCAUUCCCUGCUGCCCAGACUCUGGCUUCAGCACGGACGAAUUGUAAGACGACCACUUGCUUCUCGUGAAUCACGACUUUCCAGGGUCUCUCAUCCCACCCCAGAAAUGCUGGCAUGGCAGAAUAGAUAACCAGGGAAGAAAAAUCUUUAUUCUGACUCAAGAAUGCAAGUCAGAAGAAAAAUCUCUCACAGUAGAUUGUUAAUAAAUGCUCUAAAUCCUGAUUAAUUCUAACACUCCUGAUUUAUAAUUUGUGACCAAUUAGAUAUGGUAUGAAAUACCUACAGUAUCUAUUAAGAAACAAAAAAAUAAAGUGACAUAUGAAACUCAGAAGUUUAUCUUGAAUCUAUUUUAAAUGUUAAUUUUCCCAUUAGCUUGCCUUACUUAGUACUUGUUUUUAUUAGUUAUAUAUACAGUAUUUGUAAGCAUUAAGUGUGUGGAAGGUACUUCAACGGUUAGGAUUUUCACUAAUGCGCAUCAUUGUUGCCUUCAUUCUUUGCAAGCUUUCCUACACUUAUUUUUUUUCCAAAGUAAAAUAAAGUUGGUGGUACAACAACUUCAAAACUCACAUUAAAUCAGCAGAGUGGUUAAGACAGCCUAGAAAUCAUUGUUUUUUGGCCCGUAAUACUUUUUCUUUCAGGUGUCCACCUCAAGCACAGAACCUUUUUGCCUCCAGGGCAAGCUCCAGCAUGGGGUGAGGUAGAGAAGAGAGACUUGAAGGGCCCAGCCUGACAUUCAAGCACCAUACCUGCAUCCUAGUCAGUCUCGCUUACCCCAUCCAUAAUGGGAGGAAAUGGUAUCUUCGUUUAUGUGCCAUUUAUGUGUGUAUGCUGGUGUUUGUGCAUUUGUCUUACCUUCCUUGGGCAUAUGCCCUGGGACACAGUGGCCUGUGGGAGGGUGAGUGCCCAGAAACAUGGUCUCCAGACACCCCCAGAGGAGGUGGAACACUCACUGGGGACUAAGCUUUACUUUCUCUGGCAGUUGGGAUCAGCCACUGAGUCUCCAGGAAAGGUUUUGUUCUCAUAAGGACAAGCAUUCUUGUGAACUGAUGUCCAGAUGGAAUCAGCAGCCUGAGGUCUGGGUUGAAGGUUCCAUCUGGAGGAACCAAGGCACUCCCUCUAAAAUCUGCUCUUGAGUCUACAGAAGGGCUCCUGCCCCGGCUUGCAGAUCUUGUUUAAAAAUCAUCCUCUUUGAAUAAGAUGUCUGCGAUUUAAAAUACUCUAGACAAAAAAAAAAAAAAAAAAAAAUGGAGUGGUAUCACAGAUGAAACACGAAUGGCAAAAUAGUAAGUGAUUUAUGAUACUGUUCUCCCUAGUUUAGCUUUUUACAUUUGAAAAUGUCCCUUAAAAAACACCCUCCUCCAGGAAAUACUUCUCUCUCUCUCUCCCUGUUUCUGUUCUACUCAGCUGAAAUUCCCAUUUUCUGGCCAGGCAGAGUGGCUCACACCUGUAAUCUCAGCACUUUAGGAAGCUCAUGCAGGAGCCCAGGAUUUUGAGGCUGCAGACCCAGCACAUCCUGUUACAGAGGCACAGGGGAAGGACCCUGCGCAGGCCCUGCCUGCCCAGCGUGGAGGACGGCAGGAGCUCCGGAGCCCACUCCCGCAGGUUGGCUGUUUUCAGGGCUUUUUCCACUCGUCUCCAUUUGCAUCCAAAAGAUGAGGAUCCCGACUAUGGGAUAUUUUAUAACUAAAAAGUUUUGAGUAUUUAUGAUGAAUAUUCAUCUGCUAAUAAGAAAAUGACUGCUGAUCAUUUUGCUUGCUUCCUCUCCCCGAUCUGUUAGGUGACAGGGGCUCUACUGAACUAAAACUAUAUCUAAUCUCCACUGUCCCACUCACUGAAUUGGGCUGGGGACAGAUCCAUGGGCCUUGAGGGAAGUAGUCACUGGUGAGGCCAGACAGAUGAGGAGGGCAGCGACAUUUUUACUCUUAACUAGAGGGCAUUCGAGGUUCUAUGCACGUACUACAAAGACUGACCCUGCUCCCAGUCAGCUGCCUGGAGUCACCAGUCAGAAGGAUUUAAGGAUACUACUCGAGAUAAACAAGAUAGCAGAGUAGAUCUGGUCUUCAUAAAGGAGUUUCUCUGCUAGUCCAGAUACUCAGAUACUUGGGGCUGGAGCAGUGAAGAAAAAAUAUGCAGAAUGUUCACAAACAAUUUGGAUACCCUGGGAAUUAGAAAGGAUGCCCCUUCCUUAUCCCCAGCCUUUCCCAAACGUGAAAAGCAAUUCUUGGAUAUUGCUAGCAACUUUAGAUAAUAUUUUUUUGUGUGAAUUAUGUAAAGUUGAACGGCUUUUGAUAAUUCAUCAAAUGGGUCUUGAGUUGCUUUCUCAACCUUGGGGCUGUGUACUGGUGUAGGGUAGUCGUUUAUCAGGUUUUGUCCAAAGCCAAGGAACAGUAUUUAGGGGUUUUUCAGAUAUCUUCGUUUGCCCAGGCCCCAGCCCUUUGGUAACACCACGGUCUGAGCCUUCUGCCCAGACUGCUGCUCCUCGGCCUGGCUGUGCUUCAUCGCAUCGCCCUUUUCGUCCAAGGCUGGCUGGGUUUGCAAUGACGACUCAGGAAACUUGGGAGUCAGAAGGUGGCAUUUGUAUGGUCUAAGCCCAGGGACGUCUUCUCAUUGGCCCAUCCCUCCUUGGUCAUUUCCUAAUGUAUCCCCAGGUGGGGAUCCCCAGUCCAAGGCCAGAAAGCAGGCUGGGCACUCCCUUCCCUCCCCAGCAGUGUUGAUGUUUGCCACGCUGCAUGUAAGGUCCCCUUCUGGAUCCACUGCUGCCUGUUCUCCAGGACCCCUGCAGUCCGUGCCCCUGCCCUUCCAGGUAGGAAGUACAAGGACACCCGCUGUCUAUUUCGGGGACUCCUAUCGUUUGCUUCGUCUUGGAGAAGGGAAUCCAGAGAUGGACUACUUGAGCUCGCGGGGCAGGGUGAACCGGGCCACAGCCGCCUCUGGAACAGCUGUGACGCCCGCCUCCGAGAGAAGAAAUCCUGGAAACCACACACCAGUUUGCAGGGCCCCUCCCUUUUGUCUGUUACCUUUCCCUUUCCAGGCUUUAAGAAAAGUAAAAAUUAGCCGCAGCGGGAGGAGGUGGACCCCAAAGUGCGAGUGGCACACUUCCCUGUGAUCCCUCACCAUGUUCUCCGCGCCGGGCGCGGUUACCUCAGGGAGGCCUUACGCGUGCAGCGAGUGUGGCAAGAGUUUCCGCUACAGCUCGGUGCUGCUGCGGCACGAGCGUGCCCACGGCGGCGACGGCAGCGUCCAGUGCCCGGAGUGCGGCGAGCGCUGCGCGCGGGCUGCCGACCUCCCGGCGCACAGGCGCACGCACGCGGGCCAGACCCUCUACAUCUGCGGCGAGUGCGGCCAGAGCUUCCGCCACAGCGGCCGCCUGGACCUACACGUGGGCGCCCAUCGGCGCAGCCGCGCCCGCCCCUGCCGCGUCUGCGGCCGCCGCUUCCCGCACCUCUCGGCGCUGCUAGUGCACCGGCGCCACCGCCACCCGCCCGAACGGCCCCGCCGCUGUCCGCUGUGCGCCCGGGCCUUCCGACAGAGCGCGCUGGCCUCCCACCAGGCGCGGGCGCACGCGCCGGGCACGGCCUCCGCCCCCGCCGGCCCGGCCCGCCGCGGCACGCAGUGCCCGCGGGCCUUCCGCAGCGGCGCGGGGCUGCGGAGUCACGCACGCGUCCACGUGGCCCACAGCCCCGCGGCCCGGCUACCCCGUGCCCCGGACACGCGCCAGUGUGGCGUGUGCGGCAAGAGCUUCGGCAAGAGCUCUACGCUAACGCGACAUCUGCAGACGCACUCGGGGGAGAAGCCCUUCAAGUGUCCAGAGUGCGGCAAGGGCUUCUUGGAGAGUGCCACGCUGGUGCGCCACCAGCGCACGCACACGGGAGAGAAGCCCUAUGCAUGCGGCGACUGCGGGCGCUGCUUCAGCGAGAGUUCCACGUUACUGCGCCACCGGCGCAGCCACCAGGGCGAGCGGCCGCACGCGUGCGCCACCUGUGGCAAGGGCUUCGGGCAGCGCUCCGACCUGGUGGUGCACCAGCGCGUCCACACUGGGGAGAAGCCCUUCCCGUGCCCCGAGUGCGGCCGCCGCUUCAGCGACCGCUCAGACCUCACCAAGCACCGGCGCACGCACACGGGCGAGAAGCCCUACCGCUGCGAACUGUGCGGCAGGCGGUUCACGUGCGUGUCCAACCUCAACGUGCAUCGGCGCAACCAUGCUGGCCACAAGCCACACAGAUGCCCCGAGUGUGGCAAGGCCUUCGGCGUCGCCUCCAAGCUCGCACUACAUCGCAAGACGCACCUGGGCGAGCGGCCGGCGGAGUGCGCCGAGUGCGGCAAGUGCUUCAGCCACAGCCGCUCGCUGUCCCAACACCAGCGGGCCCACACACGCGCCCGCACCGCUGCCGCCGCCACCCGGGCCGCAGCAGGGGCUGCGCUCGUCUUCGCUGGGCCGGCUGUACAGGAAAAGCCAGGGCUCUUUAUGUCCCAGUGGAGAGAGACUUGCUGAGGGGCUUCUCUGAAGGAGGUUAGGCAAACACCCACGUAGGGCCACAGGGACGGGGGUGGGGGGCGCAACUCGCAGAUGGAAGUUUGGGAAAGGACAGUGUCCUGACCUGCUGCUUUUCCAGUUUCUGUUGGUAGCCCUUGACCUGCCCUGCCUCUACACCUUCCCUGUCAGCUCUUGUCCCAUCCUCAGUCCUUGCAUCGUCCGGCCUGGCUUGUCUCCCUCCUGAGUGUAGGUGCAGAUAGUUGCG